AGCGAUACGAUGCUUACUGUUAGUUGCAGCUGCAGCUUCCCUGUUGGCUCCGCGGUUGAAAUCGAGACCCGCUCUUCCCAGCUCCUUCAAAUCAAUCCGUCAUUCUGCCUAUAUCUCGUGCUUGCAUUUCCCGAUCGCGACAAUCUGACCUCGACGACGAGCGCACCGGGACUACCUAGCAUGCCGGCUGCCUGCCACCGGACCGUGUCACCGAAAGUCCUGUCCUGUCUCUACCCAAAAACAUGAACCGCAUCCCCGAUGCUCUUUUUUCCGACCAGGACAUGACCACUUGGGUCAUUGUAGGCGCCAGCCGGGGCAUAGGGCUCGAGUUCGUCCGCCAGCUCCUCGCGCGUGGCGAGAAGAUUAUCGCCACAGUCCGACAGUCGUAUGCGGAGCACGCCUCGGCCCUUUGGGGCCAGGCGGGCAACGACUCCGGCCGCUGCCAGAUGUUCAUCUGUGACAUUUUAUCCGAGGCUAGCAUCGUCAACUUCGUUGCCCAGCUCGCCGCGAUCCCGAACUUCAAGAUAGACUAUGUCGUGAUCAAUGCUGGUGUCCUGAGAUAUCCGAAUAGAGCUACCGAACUGUCGUUCGACGAGUUUGCCUUUCAUCUCCACACCAACACCAUCGGGCCUAUCAUAACAGCGCAGAAGCUGCUGCAAACCAACAUACCCAUUGGGACCAUUGUGUUCAUGUCCAGCGAUUCUGGUUCGGCGCUCAACUUUCGUGAGAUGGAAGACGGGUUUGCUGCAUAUGCUGCCUCGAAAGCGGCAUUAAACCAAAUGCUUCGACACAUGGCUGCGGAGCUAAAGAGAAAGGACGACGACACGAUUAUCCUUGCCAUGCAUCCAGGCGAGGUGCAGACUGACAUGGCCAACAUUGACGUCCCCUGGGCAGUCCAGGGUGUUAUAAGCCCAGAGGUGUCUGUGGCCGGGAUGAUAGACGUGAUACAGAGCAAAGGCAUCCAGCAUAGCGGCACGUUUUGGACAUGGGAGAAUCAGCCUCAUCCCUGGUAGUACUGUACCACGGCAUUUUGUUGCAUAGGUAGCGCACGUUCAAGGCACACGUCUACCCACAUGCAUAUGAUGAUGGCUAUUCGUCGAGAACCAGGAUAGAUGCGAGUAACGUGGCCGUAAUGCCGUAAUGGUUCGACCUACAUUAUAUAUAGAGAGGACUCGUGGGCGGAAACUCUCCACGUACCCUACGGCGAAGCGAAGCGGAUCGGCGACGGGGAAAGCGGGAAGCCCAGGGGCAGCGGAACAUUAUUACCAUGCAGUGCUUUUUCCCUCUUGACUACCUCGCCACCUGUACACCUCUCAAAACGGCACCGUUCUGUUCCCGACUGAGAAGCUGCCCUGACAGGCGGCGGCGAAGGCCGCGACCGAGACAGUGGCCAGGACAGA